AUGUUUUUGGGCAAGAUUGUGGAUGCGAUCAUUAGAAAAGAUGAUGGGAAAAAGGUGAAAGGGACCGUGAUUUUGAUGAAGAAGAAUGUUUUGGACUUCACUAACAUAAAUGCCUCUGUACUGGAUGGUGUUCGUGAGUUUCUGGGCCAGAAGGCCUCUUUCCAGUUGAUCAGUACUUCUGUUCAUGCUUAUCCUCCAAAUGGCUUAGAAGGGAAACGCAGCAAUCCAGCAUACUUGGAGAACUGGAUCACAAAUACAACCCCAAUAAUAGCAGGUGAAACAACUUUUAGUAUCACAUUUGAUUGGGAUGAUGAUGAGUUUGGAGUACCAGGAGCAUUCAUCAUCAAGAAUUUGCAUAUUAAUGAGUUCUUCCUCAAAUCACUCACCCUUGAAGAUGUUCCUAAUCAUGGCAAAAUUCAUUUUAUCUGCAAUUCUUGGGUUUACCCUGCUUCUAAAUACAAGUCUGACCGCAUUUUCUUUGCGAAUCAGGCUUAUCUCCCCAGUGAAACACCAGAAUCGUUACGAAAAUACAGGGAAGAUGAGCUAGUAACUUUAAGAGGAGAUGGAACUGGAAAACUUGAGGAAUGGGACAGGGUUUAUGACUAUGCUUACUACAAUGAUUUAGGUGAUCCAGAUAAAGGCAAUGAGUAUGCUAGGCCUGUCUUAGGAGGGUCCUCUGAGUACCCGUAUCCUCGUAGAGGCAGGACAGGUCGCGAUCCAACCAAAACAGAUCCUAAUUCUGAGAGCAGGAUUCCAUUAUUUAUGAGCUUAGACAUAUACGUACCAAGGGAUGAGCGAUUUGGUCACAUGAAGAUGUCAGAUUUCUUGACAUUUUCUUUAAAAUCCAUUAUGCAGAUACUUCUCUGCGGGUUUAAGGCUUUGUUCGAUAAAACACCUAAUGAGUUUGAUAGCUUUGAGGAUGUACUUAAACUCUAUGAAGGAGGAUUCAAGUUGCCUCGAGGACCUUUGUUGAAAGCCAUUACUGAUAGCAUUCCUUUGGAGAUUCUAAAACCAAACCUUCAAACAGAUGAUGAAGACCUACUUAAGUACCCAAUUCCUCAGGUUAUUCACGAGGAUAAAUCUGCAUGGAGGACGGAUGAAGAAUUUGGAAGAGAAAUGUUGGCAGGAGUUAAUCCUGUCAUAAUCAGUAGACUCCAAGAAUUUCCUCCUAAAAGCAAGCUGGAUCCUAACAUAUAUGGUAACCAAAACAGUACAAUUACCAGAGACCAGAUAGAGGAUGAGUUGGAUGGAUUAACAAUUGAUGAGUCGAUCAAGACCAACAAGUUAUUUGUAUUGAACCACCAUGACAUCAUUAUGCCAUUCUUGAGGAGAAUUAACACGGCGGCAAACACAAAAACCUAUGCUUCAAGAACUCUGCUCUUCUUGCAAGAUAAUGGAACUUUGAAACCAUUAGCAAUUGAACUAAGCUUGCCACAUCCAGACGGAGAUCAAUUUGGUACUGUUAGCAAAGUAUAUACACCAUUUGAACAUGGUGUUGAAGGUUCUAUUUGGCAAUUGGCCAAAGCCUAUGUAGCAGUGAAUGACACAGGCAUUCAUGCACUCAUCAGUCACUGGUUGAAUACACAUGCAGUGAUCGAGCCGUUUGUGAUUGCAACCAAUAGACAACUAAGUGUGCUUCACCCCAUUCAUAAGCUUCUCCUUCCUCAUUUUCGCGACACGAUGAACAUAAAUGCUUUAGCAAGACAAGUCUUGAUCAAUAGUGGUGGAAUUAUUGAAUUGACUCUUUUUCCUGCCAAAUAUUCCAUGGAAAUGUCAGCAGUAGUUUACAAAGAUUGGAUUUUUCCUGAACAAGCACUUCCCGCUGAUCUCAUCAAAAGGGGAGUAGCAAUUGAGGACUCAAGUUCCCAACAUGGCAUUCGCUUACUGAUUCAGGACUACCCAUAUGCUGUUGAUGGGUUGGAAAUCUGGUCAGCAAUCAAAAGUUGGGUAGCAGUAUAUUGCAACUUCUAUUACAAAUCAGAUGACGUGGUACAAAAAGACACUGAACUCCAAUGUUGGUGGAAGGAACUCCGUGAAGAAGGACACGGUGACAAGAAGGAUGAGCCUUGGUGGCCUAAAAUGCAAACUAGACAAGAGCUCAUAGAUUCUUGCACCACCACAAUAUGGAUAGCUUCAGCACUUCAUGCAGCCGUGAAUUUUGGCCUAUACCCUUAUGGUGGUUUCCUCCCUAAUCGCCCUACAUUAAGCCGAAGUUUCAUGCCAGAGCCAGGAAAUGCCGAGUAUGAAGAGCUCAAGACAAAUCCAGACAAGGUAUUCCUCAAAACAAUCACUCCUCAGCUGCAAACGCUGCUUGGAAUUUCCCUCAUAGAGCUCUUGUCAAGGCAUGCUUCAGAUACUCUUUACCUCGGACAGAGGGACUCACCUGAAUGGACAAAGGAUCAAGAACCACUUUUGGCUUUUGAGAGGUUUGGAAAGAAGUUGAGUGACAUCGAGGAUCGAAUUAUGCAGAUGAAUGGUGAUCAUCAGAAAUGGAAGAACAGGUCAGGGACUGUUAAAAUUCCAUAUACCUUGCUCUUCCCCACAGGUGAAGAGGGACUCGCAGGCAAGGGAAUUCCUAACAGUGUGUCAAUAUAG